CACAGUCGGUGCCUUGUAUAAAGUAGUGAAUUGCAUCUAACUUUAGCUAUCAACAAGUUUUCUUUAACAAGUCAUCUAAACACACGCAGAGAAUGGAAGCAAACAAAUCCGCGCCGAGCUCGGCAAAUUCGCCUCAUCUCGAGGUGAUAGAUCGAGUGAAAAACAUUCCGGUGAUCCAUUCGGCGAUUGAAAAGACGGGCUCCACGUAUUCCUACGUCAAAGAUUCCCACCAUUUGGUAAACUGGGCGUUGAACUAUGCCGAAGCGGGUCUGAACACUGCGACCGCUAAGGCGGCAACGCUCGCAGCUCCUCUGACAAAGAAAUUCGAAGGGCAGAUCAGCGCCGUCGACCAGAAGCUGUGCCAAGGGCUGGAUAUUGUCGAACAAAAAGUCCCGAUUGUGAAGGAACCGCCUCAGCAGAUAUAUGACGCUGUUAAAGCGGUUAUGCAAAGCUCUCUGCAGCCGACCAUAGAAAAACUUAACGCGGCAAAAGAAUCGGCCACGCAACAGGCGUCUACGUUGAAGGAAAUCAGCAUAGCAAAGGCGAACGAGCUUUUAGACGCGAAGAACACGUCUGAGUCUUCGUGCGCGAGAUUCAUACCUUCGGGCGAAAAGACCGUACAGGUUGUCGACAACACCAGCGAGCUUGUCAAUCGUUUGCUAGAUCGAUACUUCCCGCCGGUAGAAGGCAAAGAAGAAAGUACACCUGUUGCAGAACCAGUCUCGGCAGAGGAGAACAAAGUGCUUCACAUACUGCAAACACUUGGUCAGAUGUCGUCGAAGACCACAAAUCGCGUCUACCAUUCGAUUGCUGCUCAGCUAAAGACAGUGCGCAAAGAAGACGUGGCAAAUUAUAUAUCCAAUGUAGUCAAUAUUCUUCACUUUACGCAGUUUUUGCAUCUUGGACAUGGACAGGAGCAUCAGCAAGCGAGCAGUUCUCCGACGGAAGACAAGAAGAAAAAAUAAAAUCAAAGUUCGAGAACACCAUAUAAUCGAUGUACAAAUUUAAUUAAUUUGUCACACACGUACUGUAGAAUUUUUUAAAUAUUUACAAAAACGUAAAAUAGAA